AUUGAUCUCAGACGGAAGUCUGCUAUUCAGGGGGUCACAGGACUUGAUCAUUCUUUGUUCAAUACCUAGGCCGACUGUUUCAAGGUGUAGGGUGCAAUGAUCAGCAGAAUUUAUUUACUGCAUGUGUAGACAUUAAACUACACCAAAGGCAAAGUUAUGAAUGAACAUCGGAAGUGCACGGUCGACGAUUCGGUGUUUACAGGUGCGUUUAUACGUUGUGUGUAAAAAAGAAAAACAACGUGUGUUUAUAUUUGUGUGUGUAAAAUCGAUGACACACCGGUUUUAUAAAGCAGCUGUCUGUGAAAUCAUACUGCCCAUGUGAGAGAGGAAGGGGACUUUGAACGCGUACCAAGUAUUACAGUCGAACGGAUAUCCCUAGUUACAACAGGGAAAAAAUUCUCAUCAUUAAUGAUCACAAAAAUACAAUCAAUUUCUGAGACUGAAUCAUAAAUGGCUGCGUGGAACUGUUACAUCGACGACAGAUGGAUUCGGGCCCUUGCCUUAUAGUUACUCUCAUUCUGGCGACAUGCCUGGGAGGAUGUGAAACCGCAUGCUCGAUCCUAUGCGAAGACUGUGAUUCGUCUACCGGUGUUUGUCGCACGUGUAUAGGGGGUUGGUAUGGCGACCAAUGUAACGAAGAAUGCAACAGACAUUGCCUCUUACACACCAUUGCUGGAACCGCCGCCAAAUACUGCGACAAGCAGACUGGUAGGUGUUAUUUUUGCGAGGCCGGAACAUAUGGAGAAACUUGCAACCUGGAUUGCGGCAGAGGGUGUGUAUACGGUAACAAGGAGGGACAAUUUGGAAAACAUUGUAACCGAGUGACGGGCGUGUGUUUGUCAGGAUGUGAUGUAGGAAGAGGAUAUUACGGCGAUAAGUGCGAUAAGCAGUGUAGCAUCGGAUGUGAGGAAAACUUUAUCAAAAAAGUCCGACCUUGUGACCCAAACAAUGGCAAAUGUUCACUUGGGUGUGAACCGGGAUGGAUAGGCGAAACCUGCGAAGAAGAAUGCGGAAAUAACUGCGUAUCUAGCUAUGAUUCCUAUUAUCGAAAACACAUUCGGCAUUGCAAUAAUAUCACAGGAACUUGCGAAAAUGGAUGCACGCCAGGUUGGUAUGGAAGUAAUUGCAAUUGUGACAGCAAAGAUUAUAUGUGUGAUGAAACCGGAUGUAACAGCGAAAGUAAGAAAUGUAACAAUUGUAAAAAAGGUUUCUAUGGCGAACAAUGCCUUACCAAAUGCCCAACCAACUGCAACAGUAACGUGGGGUGUGCGAGGCAAACCGGAAAAUGUAUUCGCUGUGCGGAUGGUUGGUUUGGAGAAAAAUGUUCCUGCAAAGGAUACUGUUUGACCUCUGGAAGUGCGGACGACGAUGGAUGUGACGUAAAUGGCCUCUGUAUAAGUUGUAAAGAUGGAUUUUACGGUUCGUUGUGUACCUUAAACUGUUCCAUGAAUUGUGUUGGGGGAGUGUGCGAUAGAUUAAGUGGGUUCUGUGUAAGCUGCAGAUCUGGAUAUUUCGGACAACACUGCGAUAGAAAAUGUGCAGAAGGGUGUGAUGCUGGGCGUUGCAACAAAGUCAGUGGUGUUUGUCAUGCGUGUUUAUCAAGUUAUUAUGGUUCUUUUUGUGAAAAUAGAUGUCCUAAAAACUGUUUGUUUCAAAACUGUUCAAAAGAAACGGGAACCUGUUUCACCUGCACAGAUGGCUGGACAGGAGACCGCUGUCAAUGCAAAGGCAAGUGUUUGGAAAAGAACCAAUGUAAUACCAAUGGAAUAUGUGUUAAAUGUGCCCAUGGACAAUACGGCGACGAUUGUAAUAUUGAAUGUCCAAAGAACUGUGACGGUGGUUGCAAUAGAACCACAGGACACUGCUAUAGAUGCCAGCCAGACUGGUAUGGAAAGCAAUGCCAUUGUACAGGAAUGUGCGGAGAUGGUGGCUGUGAAGCUUCAACGGGUCUUUGUCAUGAAUGUGAGAAUGGUUACCACGGUGAUGACUGUACUAGCAGGUGUCCACAGAACUGUGAUGGUUCUGGAUGUAAUCGGUAUGACAAUACCUGCAAGAGAUGUAGUCCAGGGUGGUACGUGGAGGAGAGACAGUGCGUCUGCAGUGGUCACUGCAGUGAUCAUGGUUGCGAUCUGAAAUCUGGUAUUUGCACCAAGUGUGAUCAGGGGUGGUUUGGCUCAAAGUGUACCGAUCCUUGUCCAAACAACUGUCUGAACAGUAUUUGCAACAGAGAAACAGGGACUUGUAUAGACUGUGGAGUUGGUUUUUAUGGAAAUACGUGUGAUAAAAGAUGCUCAAAGAAUUGCAAAGAUUCAGCAUGCAACAUCAAAACAGGAGAUUGCUUGGAGUGUAUUCCAGAACGAUCUGGAAAGAAUUGCUCGUGUACUGGUUACUGCUACGAGGGCAAUUGUUCAAACAAUGGGAGCUGUAUUGAUUGUAAAAUUGGAUAUCAUGGGGAAGAUUGUUCGUCACAUUGCCCCCAAAGUUGCUCGGGAUCAUGCAAAAGAGAUACUGGGACAUGUGAAUCCUGUCCAGAAGGUUUAUAUGGAUAUUAUUGUAAGAGAAGAUGUUCAAAGUACUGCGAUGGUGAUAUUUGUGAUAGAAUAACUGGAACAUGUUCAAAAUGUGUAGCAGGAAGAUACGGAGAUCAAUGUUUAUGUACUGGGAUGUGUGGGGCAACAGAGUGUGACUACAAUACCGGAACUUGUAAGGAAUGUGCGAGUGGAUAUUUUGGAGGGAAAUGUACUCAAAAAUGCUCUGCCAAUUGUAAUUAUCUAGGGUGCAACCGUUCAACUGGAGAUUGUGUUCAGUGUAAGAAGGGCUGGUUUGGAUCGAAAUGUUCUUGCACGGGGCAGUGUGGAAAAAGUGGUUGUGAUAAGGUAGGAAGGUGUAACGAGUGUGAAGCCAAUUUGUACGGAGAGCGAUGUGACAAAAGGUGCCCCCAAAAUUGUGCUGAGGUUUCCUGCAACAGACAAACUGGUCACUGCACUUCUUGUAAACCUAGCUGGUCAGGUUCCACCUGUGAGUGCAUUGGGCACUGCAACUCUGAUAUAUGCAAAUCAGAUAAAACAUGUGAAACAUGCAAGCCAGGGUGGUUUGGUAGUGACUGCAGAUCUCCUUGCCCGGAGAAUUGUAAUUCCAAAGGGUGUAUGCGGGAUUCCGGAUUAUGCACUGAAUGCCAAAAUGGUUUCUAUGGAGGUAGAUGUAUGUGUACUGGUCUCUGUGGGGAUAAUGGUUGCGACAACAAAGGUCGUUGUAUUGCCUGUGCUGAUGGGUAUUUUGGAGACCAUUGUAUAGAGGUUUGUCCAGAUCAUUGUGAAAAAUCUGUCUGUACUCGAAAUGGGUUAUGCAAUGCCUGUGAACUUGGAUGGCAUGGGGAGAAAUGUGAAUGUUAUGGAUAUUGUAUGAACGGUCUAUGUGACAUAAAUAGCAUUUGCAAUAGUUGUAUGGUUGGGUGGCACGGAUCAUAUUGCAAUACAAGUUGCCCAGAACAUUGCGAAAACGGCUGCGAUCGCACGUCUGGAAAAUGUUUAAAAUGCAAGUCUAUGUGGUUUGGUGAAACUUGCUCAUGUUCUGGACAUUGCUCAAAAGCUGGAUGUGAUGUUGAUGGAACUUGUUUUACUUGUAAACCCGGAUAUUAUGGUACUAAAUGUUUACAGAAAUGUCCACUGAAUUGUCAUAGCUCGGGGUGUAACCGAACUACUGGAUUCUGCCACAAAUGCCAAGAAGGGUUUUUUGGAAAUGAAUGUACAUGCACAGGACAAUGUAGUUCGGGAGGCUGUAACACUACCGGAAUUUGUUACGCCUGUGGUACUGGUUUUUCUGGUGCAAACUGUUUGGAACAUUGUCCUCAAAAUUGCAAAGAUAGUUUUUGUUUAAGAAAUGCCUCAUGUAUAUCUUGUAAAAAGGACUGGUAUGGUAAUACGUGUCAGUGCAAAGGUAAUUGCUAUGAAAGUAAAUGCAAUGAUUCAGGUAUUUGUGACGACUGCGCCAUCGGUUGGUAUGGCACUUUAUGUAAAGAUAAAUGUCCCCAAAAUUGUGCAAAUGGAUGUGAUCGUAAGAGUGGAAAAUGUUUAAAAUGCAAGUCUAUGUGGUUUGGUGAAACUUGCUCAUGUUCUGGACAUUGCUCAGAAGCUGGAUGUGAUGUUGAUGGAACUUGUUUUACUUGUAAACCCGGAUAUUAUGGUACUAAAUGUUUACAGAAAUGUCCACUGAAUUGUCAUAGCUCGGGGUGUAACCGAACUACUGGAUUCUGCCACAAAUGCCAAGAAGGAUUUUUUGGAAAUGAAUGUACAUGCACAGGACAAUGUAGUUCGGGAGGCUGUAACACUACCGGAAUUUGUUACGCCUGUGGUACUGGUUUUUCUGGUGCAAACUGUUUGGAACAUUGUCCUCAAAAUUGCAAAGAUAGUUUUUGUUUAAGAAAUGCCUCAUGUAUAUCUUGUAAAAAGGACUGGUAUGGUAAUACGUGUCAGUGCAAAGGUAAUUGCUAUGAAAGUAAAUGCAAUGAUUCAGGUAUUUGUGACGACUGCGCCAUCGGUUGGUAUGGCACUUUAUGUAAAGAUAAAUGUCCCCAAAAUUGUGCAAAUGGAUGUGAUCGUAAGAGUGGAAAAUGUAUAGCCUGCAAGGAAGGCUGGUUUGGUGUCACGUGUGCCUGUACUGGAUAUUGCGAUGAAAAUAAUUGCUCGGAAGAUGGUACUUGUCGAAAUUGUUUACGUGGAUAUUAUGGCAAGAAGUGCUUGGAUGGCUGUCCAAAAAAUUGCGAUAAUAUGAAAUGUGAAAGAAACAAAGGAAGCUGCUUACAAUGCACGAAAGGUUGGUUUGGAGAGAAAUGUGAUUGUAAUGGUCCAUGUGGUGAACUCGGAUGCGACGAUUCUAGUAGGUGUAUCGAGUGUGCCAAAGGCUAUUAUAAAGACUUGUGUGACUUUAGAUGUCCCAAGUUUUGUGAAAUUUGUCACAGACACAAUGGUGGCUGCCAAAUUUGUGUUCCAGGAAAGUACGGAGAAAAUUGCUCGGAAUCCUGUCUUCAAAACUGCAAAGACUCCAUCUGUAACAAGACAACUGGACUCUGUGUGGAUUGCAUUCCGGGGAAGUUUGGAGAAUUGUGUGACAAAAACUGUAGUUUAAAUUGUCAUGAUGCUUUUUCCUGUCGUAGGAAUGGACACUGUCACAAUGGAUGCAAAGUAGGGUAUCGGCCACCGAUUUGUAGCUCAGCUCUUACUCAGAGAAGUAUGCAGAUGAUGAUCAUAGUAACCAUGUCCGUAAUUGGAUUCAUCACACUUCUCGUUAUCUGUGUCAUCUGCUCUUGCUAUGUAAGGCGAAAGGGAAAACACAGCGAGGACGUCAUUAUUAAAAUGUCCAGAACAAAUGCCCCGUUGUCAACAAACCCACUCCUUGGAAACAAAGCAGCAGUUACCAGGAAACCAGACCAGAUGUUUUCUAACGGUUUAUACAAUGUAACGCAACCACUCAACGUAACAGAUCGUUAUCUAUUAGAGGACUAAUUAUAUUGACAUCUAAACAAAUCCAUAUGGAGAAAUCCUACUAUUGACCUGAAUAGCUGCAUUGAAUGGUACUCACAACUUGAUAAUACUCCAAGCCUAAACAUCCUGAGGGAUCUUCAUUAUUGUAGUGUGUUCUAACUGACUAAGAUCUCAUAUUGAGGAGUCACGUACAGCUUUAUAACGAUACUUGUGUUCACCACAAUGUGCCAUCAUCAUGGUGAUUCUAACGAUGCCGAAGUACUUAUACUGUUCAUUCUUUACUUCCCCACUUGAUUCAUUGUAUUAUAAUCGUCAUCUCGUCAUGUGAUCUCAAUACUGUAAUUUAUUCAUUAGUAACUCCUCGUCAGCUUUCGAAAGCAUGGAAGGGAAAUGAUCUGUGUGAAACUUUCGUAAAUGUUUGAAAGACUGAGCUUCAAUGUGAACUUGAUAUUAACGUUUUAAGAUUAUUCAUGAACAUAUUUUGUAUACUCUUGUAGUGAAGUAUUAUAUACUUUAUUUGGUACUUACUUUACUGUAGUAUGAUACGAUACUUAUAAUUGCUAGUCAUGUACUUUAAAAGUCAUUACUAUGUGCAUAUGUAUGUAAUUGUGGUGUAUGAUCCAGUAUUUUCUUGUGCUUUCGAGUUUUUUUUAGUCUUUCUUGUCAACCAUGUAUGAUAUGAACUGAACAAUAUAUACAUUUUUAUUUUAUUUUAUGUAAUGAUUAUUAUGAGUGCUUAACUUAUUGCCUUCUACAAUUUAAUACCUUAAUUAGACUUCAAUAAAGAAGAGAGUGCCUCGAUGAAACGCAA